GUUUGUGAGGACCCCGCCGCCAUCAUGCCUGCAACCAGGUCCGAGUCUGUGAUGGCAGGGAGAGACAAAAGGGAGCGCCAGAGAUGACAAGAGUGGGUUGUAAACAAACAAAGUCGUAAGAAGAGGCCACGGGGGGAAUUCGGUUUUUCUAGCUGUACGUGAGGGAGCUGGGUUGUCAGAGGAAUCACAAAACUCAGAUGGGUCAGAUACUGUGGAGAUUACCACCCAGACAACAGCAGCAACUUCAGGAAGAGAUGGCUGACCGACUGGCUGAGGGAGGAGGAAGCCGAGAGCUGGGAAGGGAUGGAGAUCCCCAGAGAAGAACUCCACACUAUUGUUAUGGCCCUGACAUCUACCAUUUGCUAAGAACACGAAGGGGAGGCAAAGAGCAGCAUGGUUUUAUAGAUUUGGAGAUGCUGCCACCUGAAUUAGGAAUUACCAUAUUGUCAUACUUAAAUGCUACUGAUCUGUGCCUGGCUGGAUGUGUGUGGCAGGACCUGGGGAAUGACGAAUAUCUAUGGCAGGGGCUGUGUAAGUCCACAUGGGGUCACUGCUCCAUCUAUAACAGAAGACUACCUGCUGGUUUCUCAUAUAGAAGACUAUACCUGCAGCUAGAUGAAGGCAGCUUGACAUUCAAUGCUAACCCACAGGAGGGUUUUUUGUAUUUCAUGUCUAAAGGUAUACUAGUAGAUCAUCCAACUGAGCUGGCUAAGUUCAUUUUCUACACCAGAAGGCUCAACUGGAAGAUGCUGAGAAUUUACCUGGAUGAGAGGCGGGAUGUCCUGGAUGAGUUAGUCACCCUCCAUAAUUUCAGUAACCAGUUCCUUCCCAAUGCUCUGCGUGACUUUUUCAGACACAUACACGCACCAGAGGAGAGAGGAGAGUAUUUAGAAGCCCUCAUCACUAAGUUCAGUCAAAGAUUUUGUACCUGUAACCCAGGCCUUGUCAGAGAACUGGGACUCAGUCCAGAUGCUGUUUAUGUGCUGUGCUACAGUCUCAUCCUGCUGUCCAUUGACCUGAGCAGCCCCCAUGUCAAAAACAAAAUGUCAAAGAGGGAGUUUAUCAGGAACACUCGCCGAGCAGCUCAUAAUGUCUCGGAUGACUUUGUUGGUCACCUCUAUGACAACAUUUAUUUGAUUGGUCAUGUUGCUGCAUAGCUUUAUCCACUGCCGCCCAUGAGGAGUAGUCAUGCUGCACAGAAGGACAGUAACCUAUGACUGGGUUACUACAAAUAUCUGAAUGUAUCAUAGUGAAAACGUCAUUUAACAACAUUCAUGUUGUUUAAUAAAAUCAACAAAUUAUUUGUACUAUAAAUAUUAGUCAAACAGGCAAAAUGCACUUUAGAUUGUGUCACCAAAUGUUAGCAAUGUUAUUAAAUUUUAAUCAAAUAGAAGAACAACAGUCUGAAGUGUCUUUAAAAGAAACUUGCAGCAAAGAAGGAUAUGAAAGCAUGAAGGACCCCAUAAUGUGCUGACUGAUAUUUAUAUGUCUUAGGGGAAGGCCUUGCCUUGGUCGUGAAAGGUGCUGAGACAGUCAUCCUGAUUUGUUUUUGGUUUUGGUCUACAUUAGAUUUUGUUCAUAAACAAAUCAAAAUUUUACUCAUUAUUGCCAUAUACUGUUUUACACACUAAUGCUAAAACAAUGCUCACUAAUAAAGAACCUGAACUAAUUGGAGCUUAUUAACAAAUCAUUGACAGUGAUACAGUACUGUAUAUACUUCAGUGGUUAACAUCAAAAUUGUAUUUAUUAUCCCAAAGGUUCUGUUCAGUGGGAACUGGACUUGCUUUUUUCUUUUUGAAGGCAUGUCACCUUCUGUCUAAAUGGCUUGUUCAGUUCUGCCUUACUGGCCGGGACCUUUCUAUGCCCUAUGGAUUAUUAGGUUGUUAGCAUCCAAUUUCCUUUUUGUUUUAUUUCUUUUUAUUUGAUUUCUAUCUGCUGUUUUAGCCCACAUGGGUAUAAUUCAGAUUCACCAAGCUGUAAUUUUAUUCCUUUUCAGGUUUCUGUGUGACAGGUUUUGUUUACAAAUGUGUAUCUGGCAAAUGUCGAUCUUCAAAAAUAUAAUGUAUUAUGUGAUACAUUAAGUAGCUUUGUCUUUUGGGUGUCUUGGGAGAAUAUUUGAUAUUCUAUAAUGUUUUGUCAAACCCUAAUCCAGUGAUUAUGAAAUUAUAAUCUUUCUGGAAAAUUUAACAAACCUUUUUCUUUAGUUUUUUUAAAAACAUGCAUUUUUGGUAUUAUUUCAUCUAGAUAAAAGAACAUUAAAGCCAAUCAUUUGCUUUGGCUGUUAAUACGAUACAGACAGUCCUUAGCUAAUUUCUCAUGGGCAAUUACCUAAAGUUCUAUUAUGCUUGUUCUAUUCAACUACAUUUUUUUUAAAUCCAGGCAGAUAUUUUCUGUUAUGUAUAACCAAUUCUUGGAGGACUGAGGUAUGUUUGAGAUUGUUGUCUUGUUGGAAAAACUAAUGAUGCCCAUGCUUUAGCUUUACCUUGGGCUCGCUCUCUUAGGAUGUUGGGAUUCUUAAAUCAACUCAUCUUGCUUGGUUUCCAUCGACAUGCAAGCAAAAUGACCUAGUGUGUUCCUCAUUCUGUUCCUAUUUAUGGAUAUUUAUCGAUAAUGUCCUAUGAUAAUGUGGUUAUGAUUUAACCAGCCUACUUUGGGAUUAAUCAAACUCUUACUUUAAUCAUUUAUAAUAAAUUAAUAAUAAAUUAUUAAAGUGUUUUGGGGAAAUGAGAAUAGAAAUAGUGGAAAUAGGGAUUGUACAUGUAAUAGGUGGAGUGUGAACUGUCCAUUCUUACAUGAAUCCGCUUGCCUCUUGCCUCCACUAACACACACUGAUCAUUCAUGGUCUUUAGAAGAAUGGUUCAAAACACUUGCAAAAGUUAUUCGACCAACAAAUGCAAUAGGGUAGCAUAAUUUGUUCUAAUAAGCAGUCACAAGUCGCAGCUCGCUCUCCACUCGGCCUUACAAUUCUUUGAAGUGGCAAGAGUGAUGCCUUGCAUACAGCAGUAAAACCACGUGUUUGUAAUGUAAACUCAACGCAGACUGUGGACUGUAGCUGUUAUAGUGGUGGAUGCAGUAGUCUAUUCCUAUUCCAGCCUGUUCCAGCUGUCCUUAGGGCAGAAGUGGGGUACAGGUUGCCCGCCUAUCAACAACCUCUCUCACACCUACUCGGAUCAAUUUGCCCUCAUGUCUUUGGACUGGGUGAGAGAACCGCAGUACCAGAGAGAACAUGUGGAGGCAGGGAGAACAUGGAAACUGCAAACUCCAUCUGGACAUCCCAGGAAUCAGGUCCAGGUCUUUCUUGCUGUGCAGGGACUACACCAUUGUGCUACUCUUCAGUUUAUUUGUAUUGUGCCAGUACAUAAAGUAAAAAUACAACUAUGUAUAUUUAGAAUCAUACUAUUCAUUACAGUAAAGAACACUUUACAGGACUAGGAGUUUGCUGUGGUGUCAGAAAAUAAAGCUAUAAAGCUUUAAGAUAUGAUAUACACAUAGAAAAUCAAACAAGUGUCACCUGAGGAGGCAAGAGUGGACCACAAUCUGCUGCAACUAAUUGGGCUGAGUGGAUAGAGUAGAGAAAAAAGACAACAAUAAUAAAAUGGGCAGUAAUUAAAACUGUUUUUUUUGGGCCGGAAACAGACACAGUUUGUCCAUGAUGAGAGAAAAGAGAAUAGUUGGGAAAAUAAGUGUAUCUGGGAGGAGAUAGGCGAUUAACAUAAUUAAUUGUGUUUUAGCGUGAACGUUAUUUAAAUCUUUAUUAUGGUUCUUCGUACUGUUUCAGCAUCUAGUCCAGCAUACUUUUGAAAUAUGAAGCUUUUGACAGCUCAUUUUCCCCUUAGGAAUGCAUAAGGGUUCGAUGGGUCCGUGCCACAUGUGGCCCAUCUGGACCAAAUCACAUUUCAGGGCCAAAGAUGGCACUGGGCCACACAGACCUAAUCACAUUCGGGCACAUGUAGCAAGAACAAAUCUGGGCCACUGUAAACCACUGUGUUUUUAAAAGAGAGCUACCAACCAAACGUUUGUCAUAUGUUUGCAUAAUGGCAAUAAAGAAUUUUUAUGUCUAUUUGUUUUAGACGCUUUCA